UCUGCCAUUUUAUGGAGUUGGACUUGUUUUUUCCUUCUUACCUUUUGUUUUAGACCUCCCCACGGCUGUGCUGUCCGUCCUGUACACGCACACCCUCCUCGUCUUUUUUAGGCCUGGUCAACUGGGCUUGGGCUUGAGCUGGCUGGCUCGUGAUGGGGUGGUGGGCUCACCCUCCCCCCCUGGUUCCCUCCCCUGGACUGGCUUCAAUUGCUGGGCCCUAGAGGCUUGAGGUUAGAGUGAGCUAGGCCCUACCAAUGUACCGGCCGAUGUAUCGUACAUGGCUUUCACCUCUGGGACACUCUCUACCCCAGCAGCCUCCUCUCAAGUUGUCUGUCAACUGGAGAGAGCCGAUCCAUCGCGGACGGGGCCCGAAUGCAGGUGCAGUGGUGCCUUGACUAUAUCUACGUUGGCAGCCCCCAACCCUCUCGCUGGGUCUUGCCAGAGCUUGCUACUCGACAGCGACAACCUUAAAGGGUCAAUCUAUCACGACAGUGUUUCUUUUAAAGACCAUUGUCUGUCCUCUCCGAGACGAUAAGACCAGUCUAACAACUGGUCUCUGGAUACUUCGACCUAUAGUGCUCCUCCCACCAUCCACCGAGCACUAACAUCACCCUCAUCUCUAACUUCACCUUCACCACGAACACCUUGAGACAACUCUUCUCAAACAUAUUUUGGUGAACUGAGCAUUCUUAAUUGGACCCUGGCAACACUCCUCCUUCUCGAAACACAGAAAAGUUCGUCAACAGCACACGAGUUCCAGGAAACCGACCAGAAGAAGAUUGUUUCCCGUGUCUAAACCCACAUCCACCAGAAACAUCUCAGACCCUCGAGACUUCGACUCACCUCAAGCCUCACUCCGUUUCUGGAAUGCGAAGUGCAGAUAAAGGUGAUUGCAACCCGAGCUUGAGCUAUAACUGCUUCAAGCCCUUCCUCACCUUGACCACCACAACUCCCAUCUUCACCUUGCCGACAUUCAAACCUCUGUCUUCCGCCCUUCUUCCACAGACAUCAUGACAGCCUUGACAGAAACAUCAUUCGCCAUGUUCCCUCAUCACUCCGACGCCGAGGACUUUGCCCGAUAUACGGACUCCAACGUCAUCUUCACUUCGGGACCCAUGGACGUGAGCAUCCCUGCCGAUGCCUUUGGCUUCCAACAGCAGAGCGGCAGCCAAGAUGCAUUUGCUUCAUCCAUGGGCUUUGUCGAGCCCUCAUUGUACGCCGAGGCCCCCAACUACAUGCUAAACAGCCGCGCAUCACCCAGCAUGUACACAGAUGAAUCUUCAGACAUGAGACUCCCUUCAUCAAGCCUUUCCACAGCCUCGGCAGCGUCAACAACGUCUUCGGCAAUUGGAUCUCCCCAAUCAAACCAUGGCCAAAUGGGUGCAAUGCCCGAGUGGGCUCCCCAAGGCCUCGGGCUCCAGCCUACAAUUGUGGGCAGUGACUACAUCGGAUCCGAUUUUGCGUCGUUUCCUAGGUCCGGAAUGGACGAGCUCAGCUUCGAUUUCCCGGCAGCAAAGGCUUUUGUUGGUAAGUUCAGAGCUAUUUCUUACUCGCUUCGAGUUCGGCGAUCCCUUUCCCCCUGCCUCGCAAGGGCAUUGGCAGAGAGAGAGACCCACACUGAGGCCUCUUCCCCACCACCAGAUGCUUAGUGCCUCUGAACCCCUGCUCGCUUCGCUGCUUUGAAUAUGACAAAACGAUGUGUCGGAUUGCGCUUGCGCUUGCGCCUGUCUCUACCAGGUCGUCGGCUCUCUUGGCUCAUUGAGUUCAGCUUGAGCCGAGUUGAAGGUGGCCGAUCAUCAUCUUGUCAUUCUCUCUGCUUCCUCUUAGAGUUUAUCCCUUGCAAUCACGUCCCACUUCCCAUCAUACGUUCAUGUCUUCUUAAACAACGAUUUAGCCUGUGGGCUCUUCCGUUGUCAACUGAGACAUUACACACGUCAACCCAAUCGGCGCUUGAUGUCACCUCUCCGCUGUCAAACGAUUGGCGAUCUUGCUUGCUUUUCAUCGGCAGUGGCCAGCUGGAAACCCAUCUUGGGCCUAGCUCAGCUGACUUGACGUUGCAAUCUCUAUCAUUCGCGACCAUCCCAAACUCCACCACUCUCCGUUCCGUUCCUGAGCAGCACUGAACUGCCUGUUCUGUCUCUGUACUGUUACCGUAGUAGAUCGCUAACCAGGUUUCUCUAUCAUGACAGACCCAUCUCUGAUUCAUCCAGAGCUUACUCGUCCUCCUAUGGGGAUCCCUCCCUAUGACAGUCACUUCCAGCAAACCAAUGCCAAUCCUCAUCACACAUAUCCCACUUCUCCUUCUGCCUCUUCCUCUUCGCCUCAACCUCACAUGAUGAGGACCAAUAGCUCUUCACCUUUUCUCCAAACCACAAACUUCCAAUCCACUUUUCCCAGCAGCCCUUACGGUGCACCAAUGGAUAACCACAGUCAAACUCAGAACCAUAACCAUAUCCGUGCCCCAAGCGUCACCCAAUUCGUCCCACCUACACCAGGCGAGUAUAGCAGCGACGAGUCCAAGGAGAAGCAGAGAUGCACCUAUCCCGACUGCGGCAAGACCUUCAAGGACCUGAAGGCUCACAUGCUCACUCACCAGACUGAGCGUCCUGAGAAGUGCCCCAUUCAGACCUGCGAGUACCACACAAAGGGUUUUGCUCGCAAGUAUGACAAGAACCGUCACACCCUCACACACUACAAAGGCACAAUGGUCUGCGGCUUCUGCCCAGGCUCCGGCUCUGCUGCGGAGAAGUCCUUUAACCGUGCCGACGUCUUCAAGCGCCACUUGACUGCAGUUCAUGGUGUUGAGCAGACUCCACCUAACAGCCGAAAGAAGUCUUCUGCAGGUGCCAACUCAAACAAGAAGCUGACUGGCUAUGCUCCUGAUGCCACUGGCAAGUGUAGCACUUGCUCACAGACCUUCUCCAAUGCCCAGGACUUCUACGAGCAUCUUGACGACUGUGUGCUGCGCAUUGUCCAGCAAGAGGACCCUGCUGAAGCUAUUAACGCUAAGCGCCUUGCCGAGGUUGAGAACGAUAAGGAUGUUCACCAGACUCUGGAGAAGAACAACCUCCCCACUACCACAGACACUGUCAUGGCAAACCAUGAUGAUGAAGAUGCCGACAGUGGCGACGAUGAUGAUGAUAGCUCUCCCCGAAGCAACUCCUCCCCUGCCACCAGAAAGAAGGGCAACCCAGCCAACGGUGUCCAGAAGUCUCGCGGUGUCACUCACUCCCGUGGUGGUGUUCCCUUGGGAACCAAGACUCGCAGCCGCAAGAACCGUCGCGACUACCCAUCAUCCUGGGGUUUUGAUAAGGGCCAGAUGACCAUGAAGAAGCGUGUCAUGGCUGUCUUUGAUGGCCCUCGUCGUCUUGCCAAGGACGACAUGAUGCUCUCCACCGACCACGAGGUCCGCAUCAAGCUGUCUGAUGGCAAGUCUUAUGUCACCGACCUCGACGUCCAAACUCUCAAGCGAGCUGCUGGCUUCCACGGUGCCACUGAGGAAGAGAAGGGUCCUUGGAUCUCCGACGACCCUACUGCUGAGCAGCUCAAGGAGAUGCAGCAAAUGCUCACCGCCAACACCACCACUACUACUCUAUAACGACUCGACGUCAUCGAUCACACACACCUACGAUCACCAACUACAACCCCUCUCUCAAAGUAUACGAACAAAAACAUAUCGAAAAAAAGCAUAAUGGGCGCGGCGUAAGCGGGACUGUAUUAGAAAAAGGGAACAUCCGGGUAUUUCACGGACAAUAUUCACGACUGGGUUUAGGUUUGGGUUUGGGAAACAGGACACAUCCGCUUAUGAAGAGGCAUAGGAUGAGGGUUUCGAGGCAAAGGAAAGGAAAGGGAACUGAUUUGCGCCAUGGAGUUGACAUAUCGAUACCCAUGUUUUUACUGUUGUUUUAUCUGGGAUUUGGACUGGUACCUCACCCAUUGAUGGCUUAAUGACAAUAAUGGACUAUCUUGACAGCAAUACUUAUUCGAGGACUUUGUCCUAAUCUGCAUAUUGUUCAAGCACUGUCUGUUAUAUCGUGAUUGGUGUUUUCUUUGAGUGUCUGCUGAAGUUAUUGUACAAAAUACUUGGACUGGAAUGGACUUGCGUGUAUGUUUCAGGACAUGGGAGUUUUUGAUGGCAUCAGUAGCUGAAACAAGGAUGUAUAAUAUGAGCACUAAUAUGAUAAUACUACUUAUUAAUACCCCGAUCUGACAUGCCGUUGGAGCAGUUGGUGGAACGAGUCUCAGCAUCUUGCUAGACUUUAUGAUGAUCCAUAACUACCUAGACAGCUGGCAGGAAGAGUUCCACUAGAAAUGUAUCAUGCCUCUGAUUAAUUAAUAAGAGGUGGAAAAAACUUGAUAAGGCGAUCAAAACUGAGGAUGAGCAAGCCCUAAAAUCAUCUAAACCUAGUCUGAGAUUUCUAUUGCAGGCUAUAAUUAAGACGCAUGACUUUUUAUUGCAUGCUUUAAUAGGUAGAAACGUGACCCCAAACACCCGACGAAGAUGCAAAAGACCAGUGGGCCAGUUGAGAUGAUACGAGUACAUCAUUACAAUACAGCCACGAACUUUAUGCAGUCGUCCCCUCACGGCGAAGCAAAUAGAUUAAGGAAAUUGGCCAAUCUUGAGUAACACAGGAGUCUUGAGAAUGGACUUCUUAAGGAAUAGUAAUUUCUGCAUUCCGCUCUGAUAGGCUUAGAUGAGAUAUGAAUGCCUGAGCUGGACAUUCAAGAUGAUAGAGAUACUCUGAUACGGUAAAACCACUUCAUCAUAGAAACGCGA